AUGCUGCACGGCCCGGCCCAAUCCCCGCCGCCGGCGGCCGCCGCCGCCGGCGGCGGCGGGGAGCCGCUGGUGGUGACGCUCAACUGCCUGGAGGACCCGUCGAUGGAGCAGGAGGUGCUCGCGGGCGCGGCGGCGGUGGAGCACGCCCCGCUCUCGGCGCUGUCCGCCGGGCGCGUCGAGGCCGCCGCCGCCGUGCUGGUCACCUCGCUCGCGUUCCUCCCGCGCGCCGCGCAGCGGCGGCUCCGCCCCUGGCAGCUGGUGCUCUGCCUCGGGUCGCCCGACCGCGCCGCGGACGCCGCCGUGGCCGCGGAGCUCGGGCUCCGCCUGGUCCACGUCGACGCCAACCGCUCCGAGGAGGUGGCCGACACCGUCAUGGCGCUCUUCCUCGGCCUCCUCCGCCGCACCCACCUGCUGUCCCGCCACGCCUCGUCCUCCUCCGCGCCUCCCGCCGGGUGGCUCGGCUCCGUCCAGCCGCUCUGCCGCGGAAUGCGCCGCUGCCGUGGGCUGGUGCUUGGUAUCGUCGGAGUUAACGCCGCCGCGCGAUGCCUUGCCACCCGCAGCCUCGCGUUCAGUAUGGGCGUGCUCUACUUCGAUCCGCUCUAUGAGGCUACUGGGAAGACAAAGCGGCCUUCUAUUGUAUUUCCUUCUGCUGCCAGAAGAAUGGAUACUCUCAAUGAUUUAUUGACAGCAAGUGAUCUUGUUUCCCUUCACUGUGCAUUAACAAAUGAUACUACUCAUAUACUCAAUGCUGAGCGCCUGCAGCACAUAAAGCCUGGAGCUUUCAUAGUCAAUACUGGUAGCUGUCAACUGAUAGAUGACUGUGCACUCAAACAACUCUUAAUUGAUGGCACUAUAGCUGGGUGUGCAUUAGAUGGUGCUGAAGGUCCACAGUGGAUGGAAGCAUGGGUGCGUGAAAUGCCGAAUGUAUUAAUUCUUCCUCGAAGUGCAGAUUACAGUGAAGAAGUGUGGAUGGAAAUCAGGGAGAAAGCACUCGCGGUAUUGCAAUCCUUUUUCUAUGAUGGUGUUGUUCCAAACAAUGCUCUUUCUGAUGAAGAAGAAGAAAUAAGUGAAGCUGGAUGCGAAGAUGAUCAGCUAGCUAAACAGGCAAAAGAACAGAUUUAUGAUGGUGGACAGCAGACAGAUGAGAGUCAGUUAACUUUAGAAUGUGACAAGAGAAGAAUCAUUUCCCACUCUGAGGAGCCCCAAACUUCAGUGCAGUCUCAAAAUAUUGUGCCCAGAUCAGAAGGAAGGCGCAGCCGAUCUGGAAAGAAAGGGAAAAAGAGACCUGCUCGCCGCAGAUCACAGCAGAAAAGGGAUGGAUUAUCAACUUUAGAGGGUGGAAGUAAUUAUUCUUCACGUAUGGAUGAUGAUACUGUAAUGAGUGGCAAGGAUCAAGUGUUAAGUUCUAGUUCACGAUUUGCUUCCCCUGAGGAUUCCAAGAUUAAGCUGAGGUCAUCUGCCGAGUCACCGAUGGAAAUAAUUUCUGAAAAUAAAUUGACUGCAGGACUUAGUAUAAAACCACUCGAGAGGUUGAAAGAUGGCUUUGUUGUCGCCCUUAGGACCAGAGAUAAUUCAGGGUUUCAUGUUGCAAGACAAAAGGUUGCAGGAGGUAGCUGGUACCUUGAUGUUGUGUCAAAAGCUACAAAGAGGGAUCCUGCUGCUCAGUUUCUAGUCACUUUUGGAAACAAGGAUACUAUGGGCUUGCGAUCUUUUGUUGCUGGGGGCAAGCUAUUACAGGUUAAUAAGAAUAUGGAUCUUGUAUUUGUGAGUUAUUCUUUUGAGGUCUCUGAGAGCUGGACGCUGGAGGGGUCCUUACUGGACUGCUGCAAGUUGAUCAAUCGCAAAAAUCCUUCGGUUCUAUUGGAGGUCUAUAUUGAGAUACUCGCAGCUGUGAGUGAAGAUGAUGGCGUCACUAGAUGGCUGGAUUGAUCCACCCAUCUGCUCCAGGAGCCUAGGACAAUCAAAACAAUUGACUCAGUAUGGUAUUCUGGUUUGAUUUCCUCUUAAUUUUUCAAUUUUAGCUAUUCUUACCUAGCUACCAGUUCUGUUGUAUCAGUAUUCAGUAUCUCAUUGCUCAAAAAUAGUAUUCAGCGUCU